UUUUUCAGACCAGCAGCAGGACUCUGUGGUCCACCUGAGUGAAUCCCCUGUCCUCAGUCUGCAGGAUCUCCUCAGCUUCUCCUUCCAGGUGGCACAGGCAAUGGACUUCCUGUCCUCCAGAAACUGCGUCCACAGAGACCUGGCAGCCAGGAAUGUUCUGGUGUGUGAGGGAAAACUGGUGAAGAUCGGUGACUUUGGCCUGGCCAGGGACCUCUUCAAGGACCAGGACUAUGUCCCAAAGGGAAAAGGUUUCCUUCCAGUGAAGUGGAUGGCUCCAGAAAGCAUUUUCCAGAACAUUUACAGCUGUCAGAGUGAUGUCUGGUCCUACGGAGUCCUGCUGUGGGAAAUCUUCUCCCUGGGUGCAAGUCCAUACCCUGACCUCCCCAUGACCCAGGAGUUUUACGUCAGGCUGAAGAGGGGCUACCGUAUGAGCUGUCCUGACUACGCAACGCGCAGCAUAUAUGAGCUGAUGAUGCAGUGCUGGGAUGAGGAUCCUCAGUCCAGACCCACUUUCCCGUCCGUGGUCCUCUCACUGAGCAACAUGUUGACUAACGACUACAAGGAGCUUUACUUCCAGCUGUUGGAGAACUUUGUGAAUGGAGAUUCUCCAGCCGUGAUCCGAUCCAGAUUGAAUCCAAACAGAUCUUCUGACAAAAAGACUGAGAGACGAAUGGAGGAGGAAGGAGAUGGUGGCCCUCAGGUUGGACUGCACCUGUCUCAGGAGAACUCAGAGGAGGCCGGCCCCUCCAGCAGCACUUCCAUCGUUACUGAUGUUUCUGUUGAACCCAGCAGUGGUCCUGUGCUGGACACAGUGAGCCCUCAGAUGUACGAUUCUGUCCUGGACAUCAAAUCCCAUGAUGCACCACUGGUGUAGGAAGUGACAUCAUCACAAGGUGGACCAGAGGAAGAGAAGAACCACCUGUGAAAGAUUCCGUUCAUGUUGCUGACUGACAGGUGGCGCUGUGGGUUUAUGUGGCGCUGUCCUGCCACAGCGCCACCUGCCAGGCAGAUGGCAUUUGACAACACAUGAAGCAUUUUUAAAAGCAGUUUUUAAAUGUUAAACAAGUUACCUUCAUUCAUAAAAUGCAGCUUCAGCUACAAUCAAAGGUCGAUGUAUAAAAAUGGCCGAAGAAUUCGGAUGUAAAUAUUUUCAGAUUAAAGCUGCUUUAAGUCAUGUGACCAUAAAGACGA